UGCAUAUCUCACUUCAGCUCGCUGGCGACCAAGAGACUUCCAAUACCCAUGACAGAUAGUCAGCCGAAGUAUGACCUCUGACCCCCCUAACCACCUGCCAGUAGGGACGCCUGGCGGCGAAUAUGCGAAGAAUCGAUUGACAAGGGAUCUACUUCAGGAGCGAUCCAAAUCUGGAAAUCUGAAUAUCUUGCUCGUGUUCCAAUCGCCCCGCUUCCCAAGUCCCCGCUCACGAUGAAAGGGAGGUGUGCGCUCGGGUGGGACAUAUCUGACACUUUCAUCAGAGCAUUAUCCAUCCAGCCGAGCAGGAAACGAAUAUUAUCUAGUUUCAUUCAUGCCUCUUCUUCACCGUCAAUUAAUCUCAAACGCCAGCCGAGUGACGAGAAGAGAACCCCCUGGGGGUUACACUGGGACUUACGGCGGCCAUCCGUGGAAUAGCAGCUUCCAAGUUGAUCUCUAGCCUAUAUGGUAUUUGAUAUGGCAACCACAUCUCGCUAUUGAAACUUUCGUCCUAGAGUCUAUCAAAAUUCAGUUUGAAACCCUCGGUCCUCUCGGGUAUUCAUGUUCCUUCAAAUUCGGCACACAGACUCGCCAUUAAAGCGUUGGAUUCAAUUUCAAGCGGUUAUAAUACCUGUUGCUGACAAACGUAUUCGGGCGUGGCGGAUAGCAUGGCGCUGCAGGGGGUUGCGGGAAUUGAGUACGGAAAACGACAAACAUCGGACCAUAAUUGCAGAAAGGACGCCAAGUUCCGGGGACCGGCCAACUGUGGGGUAGAGGUAAGUUAUCCCCGUGGGAUUGUUCGCAUUAUGGUACAAACAAACAAACCACCCGCCACCGCAUAAAUUGUCAAUCUACUUGGGAUGGUCGCUUGGAAGUCUCUUUCUUCCUUAUCCCCCUACCAGGCUACAGCUUGUCCUCUUCGUUCCUUACCAUGUCUGACCUUGAGAAAGGAAACUCUAGUGCUGUUCAUGCUACCCAUCCAGAUAACGCCUUGAGAAAUGGCACAGACCCUGCAGCUGCCUUCAGGAAUUCUCCCACCUCUGCGGUCAAGAAUAACAUCGCCAACCCGGCCCCUCUAGGUCUUUUCUCCUUCGCGUCGACUACUCUCAUCUUGUCCUUGUUCAACGCCAGUGUUCGCGACAUAAAACAUCCCAAUCUUGUCAUUGGCAUGGCUCUUUUCGCUGGAGGUCUCGCCCAGUUCCUCGCUGGUAUGUGGGAGUUCCCCAAGGGGAACACCUUCGGCGCUACUGCCUUUACCUCUUACGGUGCUUUCUGGUUGUCAUAUGCUACCAUCCUCAUUCCUGGUUCUGGCAUUGGGGACACGUACAAAAAUUCCGAAGCCGAGUUUGCCAGUGCUGUUGGAGUGUAUCUUAUGACAUGGAUGGUCGUCACAUUCUUGUUCUUCAUCGUGUCCCUCAGGAAAUCGAUCUCCUUCAUACUCCUUUUCGGGUUCCUUACACUCACCUUUAUGUGUUUGGGUAUCGGUGAAUUGGGCGGUCUUCCUGAUGCCAAAACCGCAGGUGGAGGACUCGGUGUCAUUACCGCACUCGUCGCAUAUUAUAUCGGUCUCAGUGAGAUGCUCACUGCCGAGAAGAAAGCCGUUGUCCAACUUCCUUUGUUUGCCUUCAAGUAUGAUUAAGCGAGUUGUUAGUGUUUCUGUGACCUAGUUAUCCUCUAAUUCAAGGAUGAUGUAUUUAACUUAUUUCACGUUUUAAUGUUUGAAAAUAGUUAGUUCACU